CUGUGAAGAUGAAGGCUGUCAUUGCUGUGGGGCUGCUCUUUCUUCUUCAAAAUGCAAUUGCUGUGGACCCCACAGUACCAGGGGCAAGAGAUGAGCCAUUUGCCAAUGUCACUGGCUCUUUGGACAACCAUGGAGUGUGCCAGUGCUCCGUAUACUUGCCAGACACCACAUUUCCUGUGCAGAAGGUGGAGACGCUAGAAAUUAUAGCUCAAAUGCUCUCCCAGAAGGUUGACAUCGAACUUUCCAAAGUUAGCAAGUAUACCCGAGCCAUUGAAAUAUAUGAACAAAAGAUCCUGAAUAUAACUCUCCGGGUUGAGUCCAUGGAGAAAACCAGCAUUUCGUACACUGAGCUGGACUUCCAGUUAUUGAAAAUAGAAAUCACUGAAAUGAAUAAACUGGUCACUCAGCUGAAGAGCACGCUGACUGGGAGCAAUGUGGUUGUCGAGCAGUUGUUCGAAGAGAUUAGGAAUUUGAGCCUCCUAGUAAAUGGCCUGGAAUCCCUGGACAAGCAUAACAUCCUUGCAAUCCGCCGGGAAAUUGUGGCUCUACAGAGUAAAUUGAAGGAUUGUGAAAGGGACCGAAACCAGAACGGCACCACCACCCCCCACCUCCCGCCUGGAAGCUGCAAUCAUGGUGGAAUCAGGAACAUAAGCCAGCCAUAUGUUACUCAGCUGAACUGGAAAGGGUUUUCCUACAAAUAUGGUGCCUGGGGCAGGGAUUACUCUACCCUUUCUCCUAACAAAGAUCUCUACUGGGUGGCUCCACUGAAUACAGAUGGGAGAUACUUAGAAUAUUACAGACUUCACAGUUCCUAUGACGAUUUGCUGCUCUACAAAAAUGCAAGGGACUAUCGAGUUCAGUAUGGUGAGGGCAGUGGUAUGGCUGUCUACAAAAAUUACAUGUAUUUUAACGCACAUGGUUCCAGAGAUAUGAGUAAGCUGGAUUUAAACACAAACACUGUUGUGCUGAGAAAAACUCUUCCAGGUGCGGCCUUUAACAAUCGGUUCUCUUAUGCUGGUGUCUCAUGGCAAGAUAUGAAUUUCAAUGUGGAUGAGAACGGGUUAUGGGUGAUCUACUCAACUGAAGCCAGCACAGGUAACAUUGUGAUCAGCAAACUCAACGAGACUACUCUGGAUGUGCUCAGUACGUGGCAAACAAGGCAGUACAAGCCUUCUGUAUCGAACGCCUUCAUUGUAUGUGGGGUGCUCCAUGCCACGAGACCAGUCAACACGAGAAAAGAGGAAAUCUUUUACACUUACGACACUAACACGGGAAGGGAAGGCAGAAUAAGUAUCAUUAUAGAUAAAGUGAUGGAAACCAUUCAGAGCAUCAACUACUGCCCUGCAGACCACAAACUGUAUGUGUACAAUGACGGCUACCUUCUGUUAUAUGAUUUAUUUUUCAGUCCUCUUUUAUUACUGUAGUUUUCUAUGGAUGGUGAAAAAUGUCAGUCUUCAAGAGGGUGCAUGGCUGGGAAAGCAGAAAAAUUAUUGCUGAACUGGGGGGGAGGAUAUGAUUAUGAUUGAUUAACGGGUGCGUGUUCAGUCCCUGGAAAUAAAUUUUAACAGUCCAACUAAGCCUUUUAAGUCUCUUUGAUAUCAGUGGGAAUUAAGCCUAUGUGUAACUCUUCCAUUGCAACCAGUGUGAUUCAGAAGCAUUUAACUUUGGCUGGGUUGUACUGAGACAAUAUGCUUUGUUGUGUCAGACCAACCACCUAUUGUGACCAAUGCUAUUUAUCUCUAAUAAAAGUAAAAAUACUAUCUUUCUGGAUUGGGAAGAAAAAAAGUCAUUUUUGUUUCUGGGCUUUUCCGCUUAAGACUUUAUAAUGACUGAUUGUGAAAUAAAUGCACAGGUAGACAUUU